AUGAAGUUGUCCGCUGUAUACGUGGUGUUGGGUGCUUCUGCUUCGCUCGGACUGGCGUUGCCUAUUCAAAAAAGCAUUGCGGCUGCGGUGGACACGGCUAUUUCUGAGACGCGGGGUUUCUUUCACUCGCCGCAGACCGUUGUCGCGGUAGAUCAUAGGGAUUCGAUUCCCUCGAAGCCACCGACCUUCAAACAAUAUACUGAUCGCCUUCGGCAAGAGGAGCUGGGCUUCAUUCGAUCCCAUGAGAAGGAAUUCAAUCUGCCCAGCGGUCUUAAGCCUACACCGUCACAGUCUGGACCAUUUUCCACAUAUGAUCACCCGAAGAGUGCAUCGCCGUACGGCAUCUUCUUGGGGAAUCGGCGUCCUUCCAAACAUGAUCAACCACAUCAAUGCAAUCACACACAAUCAGCACAUACGGUGACUUAUCUCAAGCCCCUCGAUCUACUGGAUAUCAUGGAAAACUAUGGUCCGGUCUGCGUGGCGUUGGUGAUCUUUGUUCUCGUGCCAAUCGCAUACUUCGUUCUUGAGUUGUUGGAGAUCACGCUUCAAUACUUUGUUCGAGAACGAUUUCCGCAGCGGGGUCAAGAUCGGUUGCAAUUGUUAGGUCCGGAGAGGCAGCUUCGUGCUGUUAAUGCUUUGCAGCGGGAGAAGAUGGUUGAGAAGGAGAAACGCUGGUGGCAGGCUCGGCGGGCGAGAUAUUGA